UGUCAGAGAUUUGAGAGGAAAAAAAAAAAAAAAAAAAAAAAAAAAAAAAAAAAGGCAGCCCGGCGCUGGCGGAGACGCGCUCUCCCUGCAAAAAAAGCAAAGGCGAUUAAAGGCGCUGCCAGCCUCGCACUCUGGGCACAGCUGAGCGUAACACUCGGGGAAGUCAAACCCCACACUACAGCCUAGGAAGAUGGCUAGACUUUAAAGACCAUUUUUUCCCUUAAGAAAAAGACAUUCUUGAAGCUUUUUUCUUCAUUUCUUUUUUUUCUUUUUUCUUUUUUUUUUUCUUCUCUUUUUUGGCUGUAGCUCACUCCCCUCUUCAAACAAAUCAUUGAAUCUGGUUGCAGAAAGAAAAGGAAUAGCCAAGUGUCUCCCUAUCUGGAUGUCUACAAAUUAGAGAGAGGGCGAGACAGCGAGAUCUAUCUGCUCGAUAAGAGCCAGCGAUCCAGGCCAGACGCCUGGGCUUUUUUUUUCCUGCACCCGCCCCGUGCCUUCCGAGGCUUCGCCUGCCUCCUUCCUCCGCGCACCCCCACGGGCCGCUGGCAAAGUGGGGUGGGGAGUGAGGCGGGGGGGCGGGGGCCGGCGCGGCGGCCGGGGCGGCGGGGCGGCCGAGCAUGGAAGAACAGCAGCCGGAACCUAAAAGUCAGCGCGACUCGGGCCUCGGUGCGGCGGCGGCGGCGGCGGCGGCGGCGGCGGCCCCGGGUGGCCUCAGCCUGAGCCUCAGUCCCGGCGCCAGCGGCAGCAGCGGGAGCGAUGGAGACAGCGUGCCCGUGUCCCCGCAGCCCGCGCCCCCCUCGCCGCCCGCGGCGCCCUGCCUGCCGCCCCUGGCCCACCACCCGCACCUCCCCCCGCACCCCCCGCCCCCGCCGCCGCCGCAGCAUCUCGCGGCGCCUGCUCACCAGCCGCAGCCCGCGGCCCAGCUGCACCGCACUACCAACUUUUUCAUCGACAACAUCCUGAGGCCGGAUUUCGGCUGCAAAAAAGAACAGCCGCCGCCGCAGCUCCUGGUGGCGGCGGCGGCUGGAGGAGGCGCAGGAGGAGGAGGCCGGGCCGAGCGUGACAGAGGCCAGACUGGCACAGGUAGAGACCCAGUCCACUCGCUGGGUACGCGGGCGCCGGGCGCUGGUGCGCUCCUGUGCGCCCCGGACGCGAACUGUGGCCCACCCGACGGCUCCCAGCCGGCCACCGCCGCUGGCGCGGGCGCGUCCAAAUCCGGAAACCCGGCUGCAGCGGCGGCGGCGGCAGCAGCGGCGGCCGUGGCGGCGGCGGCGGCGGCGGCAGCGGCUAAGCCCUCGGACAGCGGCGGCGGCAGUGGAGGCAGCGCGGGGAGCCCGGCAGCACAGGGAGCCAAGUACCCGGAGCACGGCAACCCAGCCAUCCUGCUCAUGGGCUCGGCCAACGGCGGGCCCGUGGUUAAAACUGACUCGCAGCAGCCCCUCGUCUGGCCCGCCUGGGUCUACUGCACGCGUUACUCGGAUCGCCCGUCCUCCGGUCCCCGCACUAGGAAGCUGAAGAAGAAAAAGAACGAGAAGGAGGACAAGCGGCCACGGACGGCGUUUACCGCGGAGCAGCUGCAGAGACUCAAGGCAGAGUUCCAAGCCAACCGCUACAUCACCGAACAACGGCGACAGACCCUGGCCCAGGAGCUCAGCCUCAACGAGUCCCAGAUCAAGAUCUGGUUCCAGAACAAGCGAGCCAAGAUCAAGAAAGCCACGGGCAUUAAGAACGGCUUGGCGCUACACCUCAUGGCCCAGGGACUGUAUAACCACUCUACCACCACGGUCCAGGACAAAGACGAGAGCGAGUAACUGCGGCUGCCGGGCCCUCCUGCAUCGCUGCCGGCGCCUCUGGCCCAGCCUGGAGGGAGGGAACCAGCCGGAAGACAGACACAGCGAAACAGCGAUCCUCAGAAUGGACAGUCGAGUUGGAACGAAAUGGUUUUGAAAAAGGGAGAAAGUCUCGGACAGGUGCUAUCGAAAAAUAUGGUCUAUUCUCUAUUCACACUAUAAGGGAAUGAAACUGCGAACUCUUUAAAGCUGUAUCUAGCCAAACCGCUUACGACCUUGUAUAUAUUUAAUUUCAGGUAAGGAAAACAAGUAUGUGUAGCGAUCUCUAUUUGCUGGACAUUUUUAUUAAUCUCCUUUAUUAUUAUUGUUAUAAUUAUUAUAAUUAUUAUAAUUAUUUUAUCCCUGUCCCCCGCCUGGCUGCCCCCAGCCCAGUUUCGUUUUGGUUGCCUUUUUUCUUUUCUUUUGAAUGUUUUUGCUUCUCCAGUAUGCACCUCCUCCACACUGGCCCUCGUUUCUUUGGGACUUUUCUUUGUGUGCGUGAAUGUGUUUCCUUGCGUGUCUGCCCUUCACCUCCCCACCACCUCCCAGAAACCCUGUAUCCAUCCAUCUGUCUGUCCUACUCCCCUUUCGUUUUCGGAGACUCGUUGAGAAAUAUGACCCCACAGACUGCGAGACUGAACCGCCGCUACAAGCCAAAGAUUUUAUUAUGUUCAGAAACCUGUAGUCUGAAAUAAAGUGUACACUGUGCUCACGA